CCGAGCUCUUAGACUAUUGUAGAUGUGUUUAACAACUAACUCGCAGACUUCCUGAAAAUGUAACAGUUGAUGCCAACCCCAGCACACCACUGGAGUGGAGAUAAAGAAAUCAUGCCCAAGUUCAAGCAACGAAGAAGAAAGCUAAAAGCCAAAGCAAAAAGAUUAUUCAAAAAAAGAGAAGCCUCUCACUUUCAGCCCAAACCAAUUACAACUCCUCCUCAGCCACCCUCACCAGAAAGAGUGGUUAUUCCUUCAGCAGAUAUAACCCUUAGCAGAAGCUGGCUAAGAUCAUCCUGGAACUUCAGAUUUCCCGACAUCAAAGACACAGUAAAACUUUGGACAAAUAGAGUGUGGUCUAUUUACAACUGGUGCCAGAACUGCAUAGCCCAGAGUUUAGAAGUAUUGAAAGAUACCAUCUUUCCAUCCCGUUCCUGCCACCGAGAACUUCACAGUCUAAAACAACGGUUUUGCAUUUUGGAAAGUGAAUUACGCAAGCUCCAGGAAGCUCUGAAGACCGCCUUGGAAAAUUCUUCCUGCCCAAGUUGUGGUCAAACAUGCCACACAAGUGGUAAACUUACAAACGUGCCUACCUGUGCUCCAGCCAUCCCUGGAGAAUCUAGAGCUGUACUUCCUCCCGCCUUGCCACAGCCAGCCACCCAUCUUCCCCCUCUCCCACCUCCGCUUCCGCCCCCUCCACCUCCUCCUCUACCUCCGCCUCCACCGCCUAGAGCACCUUUGCUGCUUGGAAAAUCUAAUCGCACUAAAGCACUUCAGGCCGGACCAUUAAAAAAAGAUGGACCCAUGCAAAUAACAGUUGAAGAUCUACUGACUGUGAAAUUAAAGAAGACACAGUGUUUUGAUGAAAGGAAGAAGCUUGUAUCAUCACCAAAGACACAGAAUCCACUAGUUACUGUCUCUGACCUGCAGCAUGUCACCCUGAAACCCAACUCCAAAGUGCUAUCAACUCGAGUUACAAAUGUCUUGAUUACUCCCGGUAAAAGCCAGAUAGAUCUGCGGAAACUACUUAGAAAAGUCAAUGUAGAGAGGAGCCCAGGUGGAACCCCUCUUACCAAUAAAGAAAAUAUGGACACAGGAACUGGACUGACUCCAGUAAUGACCCGGGCCUUGAGGAGAAAGUUUCAGAUGGCUCACCCUAGAAGCCCAACUCAAACUCUGCCACUUUCUACAAGCAGCUUUGAUGAACAAAACUGAUGCCAACUCAUCCUGACUCCAUGUGAUGAUCUAUAAAAUACACAGAUAAACUCACCCCAAUUCUUUUUUUUAAUAUAGUAGAGAAUGUAUAAAUAAUUAUACUAAUAUAUAAUUCCAUCUGAAGAAUUAAAGUAUGUGUGGAGCCCUCAUACAUACUAUGAUACAAAGUGGGUAUUUGGAUUUUUUUUAGUUUACAUGAUAAAUAAAAGAACAGAUAGGAAAAUGGAAUCCCCAAAGUGAUGUUUAUCCUGCAGCUACUCAAAUUAAGUUGGAGAGGUUGUUCAGAUCUAACUAGGUAACAGAUUUGUCCUCAGUAGGUAAAGUUAUGGCAUUAAGAAAGUAAACUGGUUCCCAUUCAUCUUGCGUAUCCUCAGGUAAUUAAAAAGAAAAGUAUUUCAGCCUGUAAAGCUAAUGCAUUCACUAAGUGCUACAGACUUGAUCAGUAAAAAAGUCUGAUAGUAAACAGAAAGUUAAGAGGUAAGACCCUCCCCCCUCCCAACUCAGUUAUUUUCCAAAAGGAUUCAAAGCAAAAUGUCCGAUAUAACCUUAAAAUUAGAACAUAUCAUUUCUAGCAUUUAGAAAUGAUAUCUAGCAUUUAGAAAUGAUUCUAUCUGGCUCACUGAAGUCUGAAAUAUUCCUUUCUUUGAUAUUUGCUGUCCACAUUCAUGCAGCUAAAUGUAAGUUUUACAAGGGCCUCAAUAUAACCUUAUAAUUUCCCCAGUGGCUUGCCAAGGAUUAUUUGAAGUCCAUAGCAGAUUCACUGUGAGACCUAAUUCCUGUCCUCAGCAGCCUAUUGUUUCAAUAACAAUAAUGUACACCUCACUGGAUUUUUGUUCUUUCCUGCCACUCCAGGGUUGCAAGAUUUAGCAACUACAAAUAUAUUACAAAUUUGAAUUUCAGAUAAACAACUAAUAACUUUUAAAUAUAAAUAUGUCGUGUUAAACAAUGAGUAGUUUAUUUUAGCAUAAGCGUGUCCCAGAUAUUUCAUGGGAGAUAUUUCUACUACAAAAAGUGUUCAUCAUUUAUCUGAAAUUCAGAUUUAACCGGCAUUCUAUAUUUUAUCUGGGAGCCUUACCAGUCAGUCCCCUGCACAUUUGCCAAGUAUUUCUGGGAGCCCCCAGCUUGUCAGACAUGUCUGCUUAGCAUUGGGCACAACUAGGAACCCCAUAACUAAUGUGUUAAGUGUCAAAGAGGAAGGGGAACUUUCAUUAGAGUGAGUUCCUGUGACUGAAGGCAAGGAUUAGCUUUGAUGCUGAUAACGCCCCCUGCGGUUCCAAGAACAAGGGGAGCAGCUGCCCAGGGAUGGGGAACCAGGGGUUUUAGAUCUUCCCUGAACUUUCUAGCCUGACAGGAAGCAGCUACAAAGAUGAUAUCCUUGAAAUAUAUAUACCCUGGCUAGCAUAGGCUAAAAAAGAUAUGCUAGUUAUUUCCCAGAAAUGCCUAUAUUUCCGCAGAUAAAUUGCUUUGAGAUGCCAAAUAGAGUGUUGUGUCACCAGACUGGAAAGCAGACCUGAGCAUGAUGUUUUGUUCUUAUGAGACCCAUAUUUAUGUUUACAACACAUUUAUGAAUGAAAAUUAAGCAGGUAAUAAACUUAAGAAACAUACCUGCUUCUAGUUAGGAAAAAAAUGCUAGCUACAUUUAUAUUAUAUAAGAAUAAAGGGAAUGAUCACUGAGAAUGAAACAUUUGAGUAUUUGUAACAGUAUUUUAUGGGGCACUUAUAAUGCUUAUAUUGAUAAAACAGCAUGUACUGUUUUAAUUUAAUUGAAAUGACUUGAUGAGCACCUGGGUGGCUCAGUCUGUUGAGGAUCC